CUAAAUAAGUUCAUCUUUAUUCUUAUUCUUCUUCUCUAAUCUCUCACAAGGAGCUAGUUAUUCGAUUACUAUAUGAACUCGAUGAAUAACUGGUUAGGUUUCUCUCUCUCUCCUCAUGAUCAAAAUCACCACCGUACCGAUGUUGACUCCACCACCACAACCGCCGUAGAUGUUGCCGGAGAGUACUGUUUUGAUCUGGCCGCUGCCUCCGAUGAGUCUUCUGCCGUUCAAACAUCUUUUUCUUCUCCUUUUGGUGUCGCCCUCGAAGCUUUCACCAGAGACAACAAUAGUCACUCCCGAGAUUGGGACAUCAAUAGUGGUGCAUGCAAUAACAUCCACAAUAAUGAACAAAAUGGACCAAAGCUUGAGAAUUUCCUCGGCCGCAACACCACGAUCUACAAUACCAACGAGAACGUUGGAGAUGGAAGUGGCAGCUGUGGAGGACCUGGAGGUAGAGACGGUGGUGGUGGCUCACUAGGCCUUUCGAUGAUAAAAACAUGGCUGAGUAACCAUCCGGUGGCUAAUGUUAAUUAUCAAGACAAUGGUAACGGUGCACGAGGCUUGUCACUCUCUAUGAAUUCAUCUACUACCUGUGAUGGCAACAACUACAACAACAAUAAUGAUGUUGUCCAAGAGAAGACUAUUGUUGAUGUCGUAGAAGCGACACCAAAGAAAACUAUUGAGAGUUUUGGACAAAGGACGUCUAUAUACCGCGGUGUUACAAGGCAUCGGUGGACAGGAAGAUACGAGGCACAUUUAUGGGAUAAUAGUUGCAAAAGAGAAGGCCAGACUCGCAAAGGAAGACAAGGAGGUUAUGAUAAAGAAGAAAAAGCAGCUAGGGCUUACGAUUUAGCCGCACUAAAGUAUUGGGGAACCACUACUACUACUAACUUCCCCAUGAGUGAAUAUGAGAAAGAGGUAGAAGAGAUGAAGCACAUGACGAGGCAAGAGUAUGUUGCCUCUCUGCGCAGGAAAAGUAGUGGUUUCUCUCGUGGUGCAUCGAUUUAUCGAGGAGUAACAAGGCAUCACCAACAUGGAAGGUGGCAAGCUAGGAUCGGAAGAGUCGCCGGUAACAAAGACCUCUACUUGGGAACUUUCGGCACACAAGAAGAGGCUGCAGAAGCUUAUGACAUUGCAGCCAUUAAAUUCAGAGGAUUAAGUGCAGUGACUAACUUUGACAUGAGCAGAUACAAUGUUAAAGCAAUCCUCGAGAGCCCGAGUCUACCUAUUGGUAGUUCUGCAAAACGUCUCAAGGACGUUAACAAUCCAGUUCCAAGUAUGAUGAUUAGUAAUAACGUUUCAGAGAGUGCAAAUAAUGCUAGCGGUUGGCAAAAUGCUGGGUUUCAGCAUCAUCAGGGAGUGGAUUUGAGCUUAUUGCAGCAACAGCAGGAGAGGUACGUUGGUUAUUACAAUGGAGGAAACUUGUCUGCCGAGAGUACUAGGGUUUGUUUCAAACAAGAGGAGGAACAACAGCACUUUUUGAGCAACUCGCCCAGCCUCAUGACGAAUGUUGAUCAUCAUAGCUCGACUUCUGAUGAUUCGGUUACCGUUUGUGGAAAUGUUGUUAGUUAUGGUGGUUAUCAAGGAUUUGCAAUCCCUGUUGGAACAUCGGUUAAUUGUGAUGUCUUCACUGCUGCUGAGAUUGCUUACAACGCAAGAAAUCGUUAUUAUUAUGCUCAGCAGCAGCAACAACAGCAGAUUCAGCAUUCUCCGGGAGGAGAUUUUCCGGUGGCGAUUUCGAAUAACGUUAGCUCUAACAUGUACUUUCAUGGUGAAGGUGGUGGAGAAGGGGCUUCAACGUUUACAGUUUGGAACGACGCUUAGAAAAAUAAGUAAAAGAUCUUUAGUUGU